UUAAAAAUAUUCAGUAGAAUAUUUUAGAUUAAUCACUCUAGUACAAAAAUCAAUCUUUAAUAUUAUCGCUCAAGCGUACCCUUUUAAAACACGACAACACAUUGAGCAUUUAAUUGCAACAUAGCUGUCUGAAAUCACGAUUUUUAAUAGGUAGUCGCAUUUACUAUAAUUAGUUGUUAUUAAUUUAAUUUAAUUUGCCCGACAAAAAAAGAAGAAAGACGCUUUCGCGCGCUCGCUCAUAUGUGUUGCCUUAUUUCGCGAUCGUGCAUCGUUAUACGCGUAACAUGAAAAGUAUUUCGAUCUGGGACAGUAGUACCCCACCCGCGAUCCAGCGAUCCAUUGAUCCCGAUGGCCUCCGGUCUCUCUCCCUCUUUUUCGCAUCACCUUCGCUUGUCUGUUCGGUGCCUUCCUUUUCAGUCUUUGGUCCUCGCUGCGCCAUCCGGUCGAGAUCGGCAGGGUUUACUAAGAGAGCAUGCGUCCUCCAGAAACGUCAGUGUAAAUCGCGCACUCAAACUCGAAGAAUCAUCGGAUUCCUCCACUUUGACAGGGACGAAACAUAGAAUUGAAGUCUUCUGCAAUGCAUAAGGUGACACAGGCAUAACUCAUGCGGGAUCCUGAUGCGCCGUUCAACAGUUUGAGUGUAAUCUCCUGCAUCUUCAGUAUCAAUCCGGCUGUGAUCCAUUGCGAUUUCAGUGUUGCUAAUCGGGGAUCAUGAUAAAAAACACUAUGUGGGGUCGUGGUGUUCUCCUAAUGUCGUUCAUGCUCAUAGUACUCGGAACGGCAAAAUGUCCACAGAGAAAAACUUCGCCUGUCAGAGAGAUUCUUUGCUAUACUUCCAUCUUCGACGUUAAUAAGCUUUUAAGUAGCUCUGUGUGCGACUGUACCACUCUGGUGCAUCAAAAUCAUGACAUACGAAAUCUUUCAAUUUCUGACAUUUCUGAUUUGCGGAAAUCUUUAAAAGAAAUGCAUCCACCUCUACAGUUUGUAAUUUCUAUACAUGAUCCUACGAUGAUACUCAGAACUUCCGCCAUGGUACGACAGGAAACUAUCGCUCGAAUUCUUGCCGUUAUGAAAGAGGUGGAUGGCGUAGAACUGAACGUAACGGCAGGCUCAAAGGAGCGUCUUUAUAAUUUUGUCAAAAGUCUCAAAGACGAAAUAAUUAAAAAAUCUUACGACAAAAGGAUCUUAAUGGCUUUACCUAUUAGAUCGGAGGAUUUAGCCAAGCAGUUUGAUAUUAAGGAACUCAUAAAGUACGUUGACUUAUUUACACUGUCAACGGAUUACAUGACAGAUGAAGACGCAGCCUUCAUUACUUUUCACCCUUCGCGUUUAAUAGGACUUUUCGACAUGCUAAAUACAGAUAGCUUGAUAGACUUAAUAAGUGGAUUAGGAGCACCCAAGCAGAAGAUCAUGAUAACCGUGCCGGUCAAUGCGUACAAAUUCACUUUGAAGAAUCCGGACGAGAAUGUUCCAAGAUCAAAAACUACGGAGAAGGAACCUGUGUCAAUCGAUCGUAAAGAGCUUUGCGAAGCCGUAAACAACGGGGAAUGGAUCGUAGAACGAGAUGAAGAUCUCACGGCGCCUUAUGCAUUUCAAAACAAAACAUGGAUUGCUUAUGAAGAUAAGAUUUCGGUCGGAAUAAAGGGAAAAUACGCAUUGUUGCGAAAUUUGGCAGGAUUAGCUUUGCGAAAUAUUGAAAAUGACGUGGAAACCGAGUGCGAAGUACCACUCACGCAAGAAAUUUAUCGUUCCUUCACGGAGUUUAGAAAAAAAUCGAAACGAGCUGUACUCAGUGCGCUAGAAGACGAGCUUCAUCAAAUGCAAUUUUCGUAUCCAAAUCAUGCGAAAACGUCUAGUUUCCGUGUCACUCGGGUUGUAGACACAGAGGGGCAUAUCAGAGCUGUACGCGAAAGCACACAAACUGAAUUCGUUUGCAGACGGCAAGGUUACUUCGUCCAUCCAAAAAGUUGCAAUAGAUUUUAUCGCUGCGUAAAAUUCAAUCAAGCGAUAGAAGAUUAUUCUGUUUUUGAAUUCGAUUGUCCAGCUGGACUGUCGUUUGACGAGCGCACGGAAGUUUGUGUUUGGCCAGGCUCGUUACCUGAAGGUUCACCAUGUCCUGGCAGUAGCGAAAUUGCUCCUGUCGCCCCGAAGACAUUCGAAUGUUCUCAACCUGGUUAUUAUGCGGAUCCACAAAAUUGUCGUUGGUUCUAUGCUUGCAUGGACUUAGGUGGAGAAGAACUAAUGGCGUUUGAGUUCCGCUGUCCGUACGGCUUGGUAUUUGACGAGAAGAAGUUAGUGUGCGAGUGGCCUUGGCUGGUUCCAGCUUGCUCGGAAUCUAGGUCGAGCUACACCAGAAAGGAAUACAAUUAUGGAAGCUACACUACAAAAACCUCUCCUAGCUUUGGAACUGGCGGUUACGUCACUAAUGGUUUACCGGAAUACGUGACGACGGGAACAGAUUACUUUAACAUGGAUUAUUCUAGAACGACUGGUAGUGGUACCCACGGUGCAAACUAUUUUGGAACCACUGCAGGAGGUAUUGAUAAACACCCUGGUAUUUUGAUUUCUGGUGCUGAACAUGUAGGACUGCCCAGUUUAGCAGGUACUGAUUAUUCUAAAUCCACUAAAUAUGGAGGAGCAGUGUCUUACCCGACAUUUGUGGGAGAAGAACGUGGUACAGAAUAUUUUACAACGAGCGGCAAAAUUGGAGAUGGAUAUACUGGAUAUAGCGUAUCUCCUGGCCAAGAUGGCUCUGGAUACUCAGUAUUUAAUGAUGGAUUUAAUAAUGGCUUUGCAAACAGGGGAUCAUUAAAAGAAGUUACUGCAGGCUUUUCCGGAUCUACCGCAAAAGAGUACUUUGGAACCGCUAGUGGAAAUCAUUUCGAAGGGACUGCAAGUUUUUCCGGAUCUACAACGGGAAAGUAUUCUGGAAUCACUAGUGGAAGUGAUUUGAAGGAGCAAGGUGUAACUUACUUGGAAAAACCUAUCUCAAGAUAUCCUAAUUUAGUAGAUGAUUAUGCAGGAAGCGUUAGUAUGAGUAGUCCAAUAAUAGAUACAAGUUAUUCAAAAACUCCGGGAAAUUACUUCGAAUCUACAAGACUACCUGGAUCAUCCAUUGAUGGUCACGUUGAAUCUACUAGUCCUAAAUAUGAUGGAUCGACGAAUGUAUACACAGGUUCCAGCACGCUUAAUGUUGAUGGUUUCUCCAGUGUCUAUCCAGGAGCAGCGAGACAUCAGCCGUCAUUCGGUGAAACCGGCCCACCAUUCGGAUCUGUAUCUUACCUCGGUACUAGCGGUAAUAUUGAUAUAACAGGAUCGACUGAUAAUGCAUAUACUGGACCAACAACAUACAGAAGACCUAUUGGUGCAGGAUAUUCCACAACUAUGGGCGGCAUCAGUUCUGGCUUUACUGAAAAUGACGUUAGUGUGUCAAUUAAUUCUGGGACAGGAUCAAGUCUGCACAGUACAACGAGUUCAAGUCAAGUCCCAGGAACUGAUUUUAUUAGUAAAAUUCCAAAAUUUAAACUGGAAACUUCAGGAAUUUCUACAACUUCUAAGCAAUUAAGUGUUACUCCUAGACCAACAGGCACUACGACAAACUAUAGACAUGAUAAUAAGGAAGGAUAUACAAUUCCUGUAUUCAUACAACAUGAAGAGCCCUCAAUUUAUAGUUCGACCGGAACAACCGGAGUUGGAGGAAGAGACCAUAAAAUUCCUACUGGUUACGAUAUUCAGAAAGGUACUUUUGGUGUUACUCCAACUGGAGCUUUUAGCAUAGAUGGAAGUAGUACUACUGGUGACUCCUUUUCGGGAACUGUAUUCAGUCACGGAAAUGUUCCUGAAGUGUUCACUUCUGCCAACAAGAAUGUUAUCCUAACCGAAGGAGUUCAACCUGGCUACGUAGCCUCUUCUGAAACAUUGGGAUAUGUGAGUAGCGGUGUGAAGACUGUAGACGUAGGAUCAACUAGUCCAGGAACUGUAAUAUACAAUAAGUUUGGAAUAUCAAAUCCUACGAUUCCAAUAAGUAGUCCUUCGACAGCUAACGUCUUUCCGAAAGAUAAAUCUACUUUAAACAUUAAUGUUUUUGGACAAACUGCUCCUGAAGUAUCCAUAGGAAGUUCUAUUCAACCAGAUUCGACAAGUAAAAGCUCGAUUGAUAAAUCGUAUGAAUUACAAUCAACUUAUUACGGCAAUCUCCCUGCGAGAGGAUCAAUUACCUAUUUGAGCACUCCAAGCGAAGGCUUGAUAUCUACAACUCCUCAAAUCUAUAGAACUGAUGAAGGACGUAGCACCGUCAUGUUUAACUUCGCUUCUAAUACUAGCAAGUAUACAGAUAAUGAUAUUUCGGACUACAGGUCAACCAGCGUUAUUCCUGAUUUAAUCGUAUCCGAUAGAGUAGAAGGCACUGGUGGUAUUUAUGAUUCUAGAUUCGAAAACCCAACUACUUCAGGAUAUUCUUUAAGUAAAUCGGCUGUUUUCACACCAAGUGGAUUUACGAAGACUGGUCCAACCAGGACAGGUAUAACCACUGCUGUUCUUGGAGGUGGUGGUAGUUACUCAAUAAGCACGGGUGAUCGUAGGCUUACUUAUAGCCCCGAUAAUAUUAGCGAAAAAGCAUUUGAAGGGAAUGUUGCUGGAUAUACUAGAACAUCGUCUACUGACGGUCUGUCCGUCACUUUGACUCCACCUAGCUAUUCCUCGAAAGCAGCACCGAAUGCUCCGGGUGGUCACUUCACCGUACAAUCAUCUACUUCUGACUACUCGUAUUCUAAGCCAACUGUUCAAUUUGGAACUAGCGGUGUCACAUUCUCUUCAACGCCAGUUGGAUUGGCCGAAAAUAAUGUACCGACGUCAACAUCGUUUUUCAACCGCUUACCAACGUCGACAGUCAGACCCGUAACUUCUAUAUAUUCAAACAUUUACAAAACGACUCCUUUUGAAUCGUUUAAGAUUCCGGUUUCUGUUCCAACUGUCAGACCUAUGAUCGAUACCGGUUACAAGAUCUCUCGACCGAUCUCUCCGACAACCAUUCCAUUAUUAAAUGAUGAUCAAUUUAUCGAAAGAACGAGCGGUUCACAGACUGCAUCAGUAUCCAUGGCUAAUAUUGGUUUAGGAGUGCCUUUCCAACGGACUAAUUUAAAUGGCCAGACAGGCCACAGCUCCUCGUUGGGAUACCUCCCGCCAAAGUCGACUGAAGCAGGUGUAACUGCAUCCAUUAAGAAGUACGACUUACCUACAGUAACUGCACAACCAGAGCUCAUCGGGAUAACAUAUAAGAAACCUUUACUGGUCUCCAACGUUACGUAUAGCCCUUUCUCAUUUCAAUCACCCACCAUAUUUAGGCCUUCCAACACAUAUUAUUCUGGCCAAGGAUAUUCGACUACUCCAUUUUCUGUAGGGACAAUCCCUAGAGGCGGUUCUCCAACAAAUUUGGACACUUCAAGAGUGUCCACUAUAAAUCGUGACAGAGGCACCAUCAAGUACACGCCAAUCGAGUAUGAUACUUAUUCAAGCUCCGGAUUUGGUUCAAUCUCGUCCAAGAAAUUCACUUCGUCAUUGCCUUCCACGAAAUUGUCAUUUUCCCCAAAGAUCGACAAUGGCUUUGCUGUCACAACGCCAUAUGGCAUUCAACCUUCAACAUUCUCAUACGAAGUUACUACAAAGUCGCCUGACAAGGGCAAAGUUAUUGUCAAGUGGAGCGAUCUUCAUCCUCUUCUUUUAAAUAAACUUGGGGCAGAGUGCACAUGCAAGGCCGAUCCCUUUGCCAAUCUUCGUGGUCCAGGUAGGAAGAAGAUUGAUUCUUCCAAAGGCAAGGUAAAUCUGGCCAACUAUGACUCUUCUGAAAUAUACGUCGAUUUCGGUUACUCUGAAGAAGACGACUAUUCUACCAACUACAACGUUUUCCCAGCGCAGCCCUUCAAGAUUAGUCCACCGAAAACGACGACUAUUUCGACCAAUGUACCAUCAUCCUCUUACUUACCUACGAUAGAUGCCACAACAUCUGCGAGGAGCCACCAGCUUUGUUCGGAUCGUCGAAUGGGCAAGAAAUUGGAAUAUGAAGAAGAAAAGGAAGAAGAACAAGAAGAAGAACAGGAAGAAGGAAAAGAAGAAUAUGAUGACGAUCCUGAUCAGAUAAUUAACGGUGUCACCGAUUGCGCUAGGCCAGGUCUCUUCAGACAUCCCGGCCUUUGUAAUAAAUUCUACGCUUGUCAUUGGGAUCAGUGGAAAAAGAAAUUCACACUUCACAUCUUUAAUUGUCCUGUUCACUUAUCGUUUGAUUCCAGUGCUGGCGCGUGCAAUUGGCCUAGUAAGGGACCAGCUUGCCAAGCUAAUAAUUUAUUAGUGGUAAUGUGGGCGAUGCUGAUAUUGGCAACGGUCGUGUUGACCGAUGCAGCGGUACCAGAUCCACCGGAAAAUUCCGGCAUCACCACGAUCGGCUCCAAAAAAUUGGCGACUGCCGCUGAUUGUGCCGGACUCGUCGCUUUCUCUGCAAUCCAAGGAUCAGUAAAUGAAGCUAAGCUCGUUCUCGCUGAGACUCUAGUAGACAAGGGAGUCGGUUAUGCGGCACAGACAGGGAUCUUCACUACGCAUUGUCCUGGCCUCUACCAAUUCAGUUUCGCUGGAUACGGUAGUACGGAUUUGCGGCUGACAUUGAAACACAAACUGAACAAAUCCAAUAGUUGGAGAACAAUUAUCGGCGUUGGUCCAGGCGGAGGAAGCAACCUCGUUCUGUUAGACGUCGAAGCCGGUGAUCAACUUGCCGUCUUCGUUGAAUCCGGAAAAAUCACCGACGGAGCCAGCUUCACGGGUCACCGUGUUUAUAAAAGAUAAACAACAAUCUUAAACAAAUUCAGGAUAUCGACUCUAUUAUGGAAACAAAAUCGAGAUGUUUUAAAAUUUAAUUUAAAAUAAUUCUUGAUAUACAAAAAUUAAA